AUGCCACCUGCCACUCUCCCGCUGCAGGAGCGGGACCACGGACAUGCUUUGGGCCGAAGAGGGCACUCGACCACAGUGGCUGUGGUGACCAGGUCUCAGGCAAACAACAACAAAACACCCCAAAAUCCUCCUCCAAAGGCUCCCCCGCCCCCAGCUCUGUUCUUGUUGCUAAAGGUGGUGACGAAUCUGUCCCUUCUCCCAGAGAGCGUCAAGGACGUCCUCGGAAGGAAGGUCAGGAUCGGCCUCAAGAAGAAGGUCAAGUUGGAAGUGAAAGGGGACAAGGUUGAAAACAAGGUGCUGGUGCUGACGACCUGCCGGGCCUUCCUGCUCGCAGCGCGGAUCCCCUCCAAGCUCGAGUUGACCUUCAGCUACUUGGACAUUCAGGGCGUCACCUGCAGCAAGCCCGCGCAGAUGGCCGUGGAAACCGGGAAGCACAGCUUGUCCCUGAGGAUGGCGGCGCCCGAGGACGUGAGCGAGGUGCUCGUGCACCUGGGCUCCUGCCUGCGGAGGAUCUUUCCCGGCCUGUCUCCCCUGAAAAUCCUGAAGAGGGUGUCCAUGGAGCCGUCGGAGCGGCUGGCCAGCCUGCAGGCCGAGUGGGACAGCCAGACAGUCGCUUCCCCGAAAACCUGUCCCGUUUCCGCUUAUGUUCCAGGCGGGUUCUCGCAGAUGUACGCCUGUGUCUGCGACUGGCUGGGGUUCCCGUACAGGGAGGAAGUGCAGUGGGAUGUGGACACGAUCUAUCUGACCCAGGACACCCGGGAGCUGAACCUGCAGGACUUCAGUCACCUGGACCACAGGGACCUGAUCCCCAUCAUCGCUGCCCUGGAGUACAACCAGUGGUUCUCCACGCUGUCCUCCAAGGACCUCAGGCUGUCCUCGGAUGUCUGUGAGCAGAUCCUGAGGGUGGUGAGCAGGUCCGGGCGGCUGGAGGAGUUGGUGUUGGAAAACGCUGGACUGAGAACAGAUUUUGCACAGAAACUGGCCAGUGCGCUCGCACAUAACCCGGGCUCAGGACUGCACACCAUCAACCUCUCUGGCAACGCGCUGGAGGACCGAGGUGUGUCCUCUUUAAGUGUUCAAUUUGCCAAACUCCCAAAGGGAUUAAAACAUUUAAAUUUAUCUAAAACCUCAUUGUCACCUAAAGGGGUGAACUGCCUUUCUCAGUCACUCAGUGCCAACCCGCUGACCGCCACCACCCUCACGCACCUGGACCUCUCAGGGAACGCCCUUCGCGGAGACGACCUCUCGCCCAUGUACAGUUUUCUGGCCCAGCCCAACGCCCUUACCCACCUGGAUUUAUCCGGCACCGAAUGCGCCCUGGACAUGGUCUGCGCGGCUCUGCUCCGAGGCUGCCUGCAGUACCUGGCCGUGCUCAACCUCUCCCGGACCGUCUUCUCUCACCGGAAAGGGAAGGAGGUGCCGCCCUCCUUCAGGCAGUUUUUCAGCAGUUCCCUGGCGCUGACGCACAUCAACCUCUCGGGCACCAAGCUGGCGCCCGAGCCCUUAAAGGCGCUGCUGCUCAGCCUGACCAGCAACCGCAGCCUGAAGGCGGUCUCCCUCGACCUCAGCAGCUGCGAGCUGGGCCUCUGUCUGAGGUCGGGAGGCGCACAGGUGUUGGAGGGCUGCAUCGCCGAGAUCCACAACAUCACCAGCUUGGACAUCUCCGACAACGGCUUGGAGUCCGACCUCUCCACCUUGAUCGUGUGGCUCAGCAGGAACAGGUCCAUACAGCACCUGGCCUUGGGCAAGAACUUCAACAACAUGAAACCCAAAAACCUGACGCCCGUGCUGGACAGCUUGGUGCAGAUGAUUCAGGACGAGGAAUCGCCUCUGCAGUCCCUGUCCCUGGCCGACUCCAAACUCAAGACCGAGGUCACCAUCAUCAUCAACGCCCUGGGCAGCAACACGUCCCUGACCAAAGUGGACAUCAGCGGGAACGCCAUGGGCGACAUGGGCGCCAAGAUGCUGGCCAAAGCGCUGCAGAUCAACACCAAGCUCAGGACGGUGAUCUGGGACAAGAACAACAUCUCUGCUCAAGGCUUUCAGGACAUAGCCGUGGCCAUGGAGAAGAACUACACGCUGCGAUUCAUGCCAAUCCCUAUGUAUGACGCCGCCCAAGCCCUCAAGACAAACCCCGAGAAAACGGAGGAGGCUCUGCAGAAGAUAGAAAACUACCUGCUCCGGAACCACGAGACCAGGAAGUACCAGCAGGAGCAGGCCUACCGCCUGCAGCAGGGCAUCGUCACCAGCACCACCCAGCAGAUGAUCGACAGGAUGUGUGUGAAGGUCCAAGAUCACCUCAACUCCCUGCGCAACUGUGGGGGGGACGCCGUCCAGGAGGACGUGAGGUCGGCCGAGCGGCUCAUGCGGGACGCCAAGAACUCCAAGACGCUGCUGCCGAACUUGUACCACGUGGGCAGCGCGUCCUGGGCGGGAGCCGGCGGCCUGCUGUCCAGCCCCGUGCAGGAGACGCUGGAGUCCAUGGCCGGGGAGGUCACGAGGGUUGUCGACGAGCAACUAAAGGCCCUGCUGGAGUCCAUGGUGGACGCGGCCGAGAGCCUGUGCCCCCACGUGAUGAGGAAGGCCCACAUCCGGCAGGACCUGAUCCACGCCGGCUCUGAGAAGCUCUCCGUGCCCCGCACCUUCGUGAAGAACGUCCUGCUGGAGCAGUCGGGCGUGGACAUCCUCAACAAGAUCAGCGAGGUGAAGCUGACCGUGGCCUCCUUCCUGUCCGACCGGAUCGUGGACGAGCUCCUGGACGCCCUGUCGCUCUGCCAUCACAGACUGUCCGACCACUUCAGCCGGCGGGGCCGGACCCUUCCCGCCCCCGAGGCCUUGGACGCGGAGCCCGUGGAUGAGAAGCCGGCCCGGCGCCCGGUCCUCGCGGUGGAGGAGCUCACGGAGCUGGAGCGCCUGGAGGAACAGGACACGUGUUUGAUGACCCCUAAGUCCAAGAGGAAGACGAUACACAGCCGGAUGCUGCGGCCGGUGUCGCACAGCUGCCUCCCUCACGUGCAGCAGGAGCGUGGACUGGCACCAAAGGGAUGCUCACACCCGCCCACAGGCGCCCUGUCCCCACUCGGACCGUCGGUCACUGUGGUGCCGUCUGGUUGGCAGGUCAGCGUUGCGACCGUGGGCCCCCAGGACGGCGAGCGGAACGGCCUCAUGGGGAGAGUGGACGAGGGCGUGGACGAGUUCUUCACCAAGAAGGUGACCAGGCGGAGAUCAUCGGCCAGAGGCCCCGAGGCCCAGGACCCCGGCGACGGGGGCGACGAGAAGAAGAAGAGAGAAUCUCGCAGGAGCGGCUUCCUCAACCUGAUCAAGCCCCGGUCCAAGCCCGAGCGGCCGCCCACGGUCUUGAUGGCGGACGAGCCAUCCUCGCCCAAAGGGGCGGGCAGAGGUCCAGCCAUGGACACGCCCCGGCGGGAUGCGAGGCCGGCCGAGCAGGACUCACCGUCUUUGGGUUUUGUCCCCGCGGGUGAGAGCUGCAGCCCCUGGUCGGCUGUUGGUGGUCCCUGUCGCGGCUGUUUGAGGAGCCUGAGUGUCUGUGGAAAGAAACGCUGCUCCCGUUGGAGGAACCGGCUGCGGAGCCGCGUGACCCGUGCUUGUGUCUCCACAGAGGACGUCCCGGACUCCCCGCCCGGCCUCGGCUCCCCCAGGGCCGCUCUGCUCCCUCCCGUCCUGAGGAAGGUGCCUGUGGACAAGGAGCGGGAAGGCCAGGGCAGCCCCCAGCCCAGCCCCAGGCCGUUCUCCCAGGAAGUUUGGAGGAGCAGCUGGGGCCAGCAGCCCCAGGAGUACCGGGACCAGAAGCCGAGGUCCCCCAGCAAGGACGGCCGGCAGGGCAGCAAGUCCAGCGACUCCGGGGAGGAGGCUGAGAAGGAGUUCAUCUUCGUGUGAAGGUCACGGCCCCAGACGUCCCGGGCGGGUGCCUGGCCGGCCACCAGAGAGGCACCAGGGCUGCCCCCCGCCUCCUCGGCCUCGUCUCUCCUCAGCCUCAUCUCUCGGUGCUGCUUCCCUUGCUUUUUCCUUCAUCCUUUCUUUCUAUUGAAACCAGAAACACAGCCAUUUCUUGGUAAUCGGAGCACAUUUGCUUGGGCUUCUCUCGGCCCUCGGCGUUCCUGCCUAUACCUUCAGCCGAUGCCAGCAGUGCCAGCGGCCAUACUUGAAUUUCUCCUUGGCAGCUGCUGCUGCUGCCCUGCGGGAGGAGCGUGGGGAGGUGCCCGGGUUCCCACAGGGACACGUCCGGGUGGCCGUGGGUCCUGCCGCCCAUGCCUGCGUCAGAUGGGCACCGGCCCACGGAGCGGUUUGCUCUCACUGGGAGCGGUUUGCAGUCGCACCUUGUAAUUACGACCGAGCACACUAAUAAGCCCUUUGUAUAGAUUAUAUGUGCUGGGUCUUGGGGUGGUGUCUCCGUUCUCCCGGGGCAGCUCUUCGUCCCCAUGCGGGCAGCGGCCUGGGCCUUCCCACCGGC